AUGGCCUACGACACCCCUCUCUCGCAGCAAGGACAACAGAUCACCUCCCUUCCCGUGCGCGAACAAUUGCGCCGCGGCCUCAAAGACAUGGGCACGAAGUCAUACUCGUCGGCGAAGAACUUUGCCAUGAUCGGCGCCAUCUACAGCGGUACCGAGUGCGCGAUUGAAGGGUUCCGCGCGAAAUCAGAUCUCACCAAUUCCGUGCUCGCAGGAUGCAUUACGGGUGGUGGGCUCGCUUACAAAGCCGGUCCGCAGGCUGCGGUGCUGGGAUGUGCUGGGUUCGCGGCCUUUUCGACUGCGAUCGAUGCCUAUAUGAGGAUGCCGGAGAGUGAUUGA